AGCCAUGUGAUGAUAACCGCUACGUUGAGUUUGAACUCUCACUUGUUUUUCCUGUCGUGUAGCCUGCAGAUUUGUUUGAAUGUAGCCUUGUGUUCGUCGCGUCAACAUCCGGUAGAUGACAGACCGUAAACAAAUUUGGAUGAACAUGAUGAAUGAUAAUGCAUGUGUUACAUAAGAGCAUGAUAUGGAUCUAGAGCGAGCCUCCCGUGGGGAGCUCCUGAGGACGAUAGAGCAGCAGAAGGAGCUUCUUGAUAAGAGGGAGCAGAAACUCAGGGAUUUGAUCGGAGCUUACAAAGGCGUAGUGAAGGAAAAGGAAGCGUUAGAAGCCAGUGUGAAAGUUCUAUCUCAAGGUCAAAAGUCCAGAGAUCAGCAAGAGGUCAGGAAGGGGCCAGCAUCAGACAGUCAGGGGUCAGAUAGAGAAUCCGAAGAAGGGGCCAGGCCAGGUUCAGAUCCCUUAAAUGUCUCAAAAGCAGAAGAUGAUGCUGGUGGGGACUUCCCAAGUCAGGGUAGACUGUCUGAGCUCCAGUCCCAAGUUGAGACACUGUCUGGUUCCCUCCUCACACUAACCACACAGAAAUCCAAGCUGGAAGCCAGCUAUAUUGCAGACAAGAAAUCUCUCAAGCAAGAAAAUGAAGAGUUACAGAAGAAAUGUGAGACCUUGUCACAGAAGAUUGAUUCCCUUCAGAAAGACCUGGCCUCACAGACACAGGAGUGGCGUGGCAGGGUGCGGGGUCAGCAGUUGGAGCGUGAGAAGGAGCAGACAGACCACGCCCUCAUGUUACGGGAGCUUCAAAAACUGCUGGGUCAGGAGAGGGCCUUGAGAGAGGAGUUAGAGACCAAGAACGAGGAGCUGUCAUUCAGCCUACGCGAACAGGAGCAGGUGGUUCGGGAUGUGCUGAGUCGGCAGGACACCGAGACGGCGCAGCUUCGCCAAGAUCUGGCAGAGGCCAGAACAAUGCUCAAGUCUGAGAGAACAAAAUCCUUGCAGCCCUCACCACAGCUGAUAAACCUUCAGAAAGAAGCGGAAGAACUCAAGGCUCAGCACAGUAUCUUGCUGCAAGAAGACCGAGCCAGGGUGAGUGAGUCCGAGCUCAAAGCUCGAGCCUUUGGUGAGCAGUGUGAGGCCAGGAUUGCGGAGCUCGAGUCUAGGAUAUCUGAACUCUCGGAAACCGUUGGCAACUAUGAGCGCCAGAGAUACCAGGACCAGCAGAAUAUACAGCGUUACAAGGAUCGUGUGAGCCAGCUUGAGCAAGACAACUCAGCCCUGUGUGAGAGGUCAAGGUCAUACGGAGAGGACGAGGGUGGCAACAUGGCGGAGAUCAUCGAGAGAUUGCAACGGGUCAAACUACAACUGAAGAACGCUAACACACAGGCAGACCAUCCUGUGAACAUUGAAGAGUUGCUACUGGAUGGGGUGUGCAGUGAGCACCCUCAGGUUGUGAAAUACCGCGACGAGUUGGAACAAGUCCGUGAAGAGUUUGAGAGAUAUCGGCUCAGAGCUCAGUCAGUGCUGAAAAACAAGAAGGAGCACUCCCCGAACCAGGAGGAGGUGUUGAGGGACCAUGUGACCGAGCUGAGGGAGAAGAUACGAGGGCUGCACGUGCAGCACGAGGAUGAGCUGGCCCACUACAGGCAGAGGGAGGAGAGUCUGAGGAAGUCACUGCUCAAUUUGCAGGACAAACACAAACAGGAGGCCCUCCAACAGACUGCAGAGCACCAGAGUCAGCUGCAGGAGUUGGAGGAGGAGAUGAGACGACAGCGAGACAGGACAGUGUCCCUGCUGGCAGAGAAAGAGAGAGAGAUAGAGCUGCUGAGAGCGACCUCCACACAACACAUACAGGCAGUAUACAGGUCCAACCUGGAGAUGGGCGGAGCUUCAUCCGAGCGUCAGACGUCAGAGGAUGAAGCAGUCACACGACUGCUGUCAAUGCCUCCUGGUGGUCAGGGGGAGACUACUCUACUGUACUUCGCUCAGGAGCAGGCAAGGAAAGACGUGGAAAUCUCAGCACUGCGGAAACAGAAACGUGAAAUAGAGAUUACCUUACGAGAUCUGCAGGUCUCGAGCAGCGGAAAACAAGAGGCUCUUUAUGAGGAGAUUGACUCUUUAAAGGAGGAGAUAAGAAAGUUAGGGAGGAGUAUCAGUCGAGAAGGGGCCAAUUUGGAGUAUUUGAAGAAUGUGACAUACAAGUUCCUCAUUUGUCAUGAUCCGGUAGGCAAACAGCAGAUGCUGAACGCCAUCACCACGAUACUGCAGUUCAGUCCACAGGAGAAGUCCUCAGUGCAAUCCCUAAACAAACAUUGGUGGAGUGCAACCUCCUGAUGAUAACAGACUUUAAAGGAGUGUAGCCUCUUGAUAAGUGAUGUGAUGUGUUAACUCCUUUUAACUAUUGCGAACAUAAGUGAAGUGAAACUUAUUUAUGAUGGUCAUAUGGCGUAAGAUGUGUUCUUUAAAACUAAAAUAUGUAUGUGAAUUAGUUUAAUACUGUUCUAUUCUUCUAUAUCAAUUUAAGAAGUUCAUUCUUCAUUAGUAUAUAACAAUGGUUUCAUGAUAAACAGCCACUUGGUAUGUAAUAAAUGUUUGUUUGUUUUUAAAUUUAGAAAAAAUGUCUAUAAGCAUUUAAUUUGUAAAUAUACAUAUAAAUGAUCCUUGCUCUGUGAUAAGGGGUUUAAUGCAUGUGCUUGAAGUGUCGUCCCAUAUUAGCCUGUGCAUUCCGCACAGACUUAUCAGGGACAACACUUUCUGCUUAUAUUUUUCGUUUAAAGGAAAACUCUUCUUGACAAAUAUCAAGUUUAGGCAGAAAGUGUUGUCCCAGAUUAGCCUGUGUGGACUGCACAGGCUAAUCUGGGACGACACUUUACACACAUGCAUUAAACCCUCUUUUCACAGAGCGCAACACAAAUGUUAUAUAUUUUUUAACAUAUUACACAAAUACUUGGAAUGUGAUGUGUUUAUUUAUUGGCAUUUCUUGUAACUUUCUGAACAUUUUCAUUUGAAGUUAUGAAAUGUUUUUUGUCAUUUCAUAUUUGGUUAGGAUGAUAAACUAUCAAUCUCCACAUAAUUUAUAUUCUCUACAUGUUUGGUGAUAGUUUUAAAGUAUACUUUAAUUGCAAUAGUUGCCUUGAGUAUUUGGUAAACUAUACAAUGUAUAUCAUAUUUAUAUAACUAAAAUGUGCAUGUUAUAGAGUAUUAUGAUGAUACAAAUGCAGUGCAAUAUUUGCUAUACAUGAAACAGAAUUAGUAAUCAUUAGUCACAAUAACGUUGCAUCACAAUGUCGGCACAGUUUGUCAAAGUUUCAUGAAAGUAAAUCAAGCAAACAUGAUGUUAUGUCUAUGUCAACUGCAUCAUGCAAAAAUAGGCCUUAUACCAUAAUGUGGCCUUCAUAGGUCCAGACCAGCCUGCGCAUUCGUGCAUUCUGGUAAGGAGCUACCCUGUCCUCUAUUAAAUUACACAAGGUUUCUUGGUCUCAUUUGCGGACAGGGUUGCUGCUGACCAGACUGCGCAUUGCAUAUGGCCUAAGAUCCAUUUUUGCAUGACGCUUCUAAUAUUUUAUGAGGCAAUUCUUUAUUUAACUGUAGGGGCUCAUUAUUACCAUGUUUUUUUAACAUGGUAAUAUCAAAAAGAACAACAUGAUUAUAAAUGUUGUUUGUUUGUUUAUCUUAGCUUUAAAUGUAAGUUGAACUGUCUCUUGAUAGACAUGAGGGACAGGGCAUCAGUUGUUAUAAUUGAUUUUAUAUAUUGUUUUAUCUAUAUUGAAUUUUUCUUUAUUAAUCAUGUUAUAAUGUUUGUUUUUCUUUUCAAAAGAAUUAUGGAUAUGCUGAAUAAAGGUUCUAAAAAUAAACAAAAA